AAAGCAUUUUUAUCGCAUUAAUUGAACCAGCAAAUGAUAAUUCUAUUUCGCCGGCUCCUGCUACUAGUGGAAACAAAACAACGACGCGUUCGCAAGCAAAAGCUAGUGAUAGUGUUGUUGCUCAGCCUGGUAAAUUGCCAAAGCGCGCUUUCACUGCGCCAUCUAAUGAUGCUGUUGCUGUCUCUAAUACCGUGGCAGUACGAAAAAGUUCUGAAAUGCAUUGUGUUUCUGAUGCGCCGGGUAUAAAUACUAGUUAUACCGCUCUUGAUGUAGUUGAUACUAAUACCGGGUUUUCAACUACUAGUAGUAAUACCGGAUUUUCUGCUGCUGUUGCUUUUACUCGCUCGCCAACUACUCCUGGUAAUAACAUCGGUUUUACUGCUUCAUCUCUUCCGCCUGCUUGUACUUCUGCCUGUUCGCCAACUGCUGGCCCCGCUAACGCUGUGCCUACGUAUGCCGCUGCUGCGGCUUUGGCGAACAAUGCUUGGUUGAACAAUGCACAAGCGAAAAACGCAACUAACAAUGCGCAAGCAAAUAAUGCACAGUGGUCCGCUAUGGAUAAAAAGCAAAGCAUUUUUAUCGCAUUAAUUGAACCAGCAAAUGAUAAUUCUAUUUCGCCGGCUCCUGCUACUAGUGGAAACAAAACAACGACGCGUUCGCAAGCAAAAGCUAGUGAUAGUGUUGUUGCUCAGCCUGGUAAAUUGCCAAAGCGCGCUUUCACUGCGCCAUCUAAUGAUGCUGUUGCUGACUCUAAUACCGUGGCAGUACGAAAAAGUUCUGAAAUGCAUUGUGUUUCUGAUGCGCCGGGUAUAAAUACUGGUUAUACCGCUCUUGAUGUAGUUGAUACUAAUACCGGUUUUUCAACUACUCCUAGUAGUAAUACCGGUUUUUCUGCUGCUGUUGCUUUUACUCGCUCGCCAACUACUCCUGGUAAUAACAUCGGUUUUUCUGCUUCAUCUCUUCCGCCUGCUUGUACUUCUCCCUGUUCACCAACUGCUGGCCCCGCUAACGCUGUGCCUACGUAUGCCGCUGCUGCGGCUUUGGCGAACAAUGCUAGGUUGAGCAACGCACAAGCGAAAAACGCAACUAACAAUGCGCAAGCAAAUAAUGCACAGUGGUCCGCUAUGGAUAAAAAGCGUACUCAUAAGAGACAUAGGCGGUGUGUAUUUGGGUCAAAUGAGAACUCGGAGCUGGGGGUUGUGGUUCGUCGCAAAUGGCUGCACUUAUCAUAUUUUUUGCCUACUGUAAGGACUGAUGACAUCAUUGGCUAUGUGGCUAAAUAUGCAGCUAUCGAUAAGAAGACAAUUGUAUGCUAUAAACUGGUCAAGAAGGAUUCUGAUUUGGAAACUAUUAAGCACAUUAAUUUCAAGCUUGGAGUUUCAGAAUCUGACUACUCAAAAAUUCUGUCAUCGGAUAUUUGGCCCUCCAAC